GUGUCAGAGCCGCAGAGAGAGUGAGAGCAGCGGCAGGACAGCACCGGGCUCCUCUCCAUCCAGCCGAGCACUGCUCUCGGCCGUCCUUCCCUCUCUCCCUGUCUCCCGGCUGUGUGAGCUCCACACGCUGACAUCUCUUGUCAGUGAUCCCGCUCUCCUUUUUCAUUAUCAUUCUUGUUGUUGUUGUGGCUUUUAGGGGAGUGAGGACAGAGAGACAGAGGACAUGGACGAAGCAGGAGCGGCGCCUCGCGUGGACAUCGACCCGGAUUUCGAGCCGCACAGCCGGCCCCGAUCGUGUACCUGGCCGCUCCCUCGGCCCGAGUUCCCCGGAGCCGAAGGCAAGGCGGAGGAGAGCGGCGUGAACCAGGAGCCGGCCGCCGCCGGCGAGCAGGGCAGCGGGGGCAAGGCAGAAGCGAAGGCUGCCCCCGGCAUCCCUUCUCCCCUCCGGCUGAGCGAGUGCGGGCAGCACCGCAAGAAAUCUUCGCGCAGAAACGCAUGGGGCAACCUGUCAUACGCGGAUCUGAUCACCAAAGCGAUCGAGAGCUCUCCCGAGAAGAGACUGACACUGUCACAGAUUUAUGACUGGAUGGUUCGCCACGUCCCUUACUUCAAAGAUAAAGGCGACAGCAACAGCUCGGCGGGCUGGAAGAACUCGAUACGUCACAACCUCUCGCUCCACAGCAGAUUUAUUCGAGUGCAGAAUGAAGGCACAGGCAAGAGCUCCUGGUGGAUGUUAAAUCCUGAUGGAGGGAAAUCUGGGAAAUCUCCCCGGAGACGCGCAGUUUCCAUGGACAGCAACAGCAAGUACCUGAAGAGCAAGAGAGGGGCAAACAAGAACAAAGCCACCCUGCAGGCAAUGCAGGAGCGGAAUGAGGGUAGUCCUUCAUCACAACACACCAAGUGGUCGGGCAGCCCCAGCUCUCACGCCAGUGAUGAAUUUGACGCGUGGACUGACUUCAGGUCACGGGCCAACUCAGCUGCAAGCACCCUGAGUGGUCGGCUCUCCCCAAUCAUGGCUAAUUCAGAACUGGAUGAGCUUGAAGAUGAUGACAGGACUCCGUCUUCUCCAUUACUCUAUCCCAGUCCCUCGAACACCUUGUCCCCAUCUGUAAGCGCAAGGCGCCCUGUGGAACUUCCUCGCUUGGCUGAUAUGGCUGGAACAAUUAACUUGAAUGAAGGGAUAACAGAGAACCUGCUGGAGGAGCUGCAGGAUAAUUACAACAUGAGCCCAUCACAGCAGAUUCCCUCAGGGUGCCUGAGGCAGCGAAGCUCCAGCUUCUCAUUUGGAUCUAAAUGUUCGACCCGGGGAAGUCAGACAAGUACAUACAGUGUCACCAUGUAUAGCCCACCCCCCAUGACUAUGUUACGCCACUCUCCCAUGCAGACUAUUCAGGAAAACAAGCAAGUCACUUUUUCAACAAUCAACCACUAUGGGAAUCGCAUGUUGCAGGAUCUUUUGACCCCAGAGUCACUACGACACAAAGAGGUCUUGAUGACUCAGUCAGACCCCCUGAUGCCACAGGCCAAUACAGUCGUAACGUCACAAAACCAGAGACACAUGGUGCUGUGUUCUGACCCAGCAUUAUCACCUUUCAAUGCCCAGUCCCCCAGAUUACUGAACAGCAAUCCAUUUCAUCACCCAUCGCCAGUGCAGCAAAAUUCUGCUGUCAAUAACGGUGCCUUAUCCAAUCCCAUUGGCCUUAUGCACAUGCACUCGGAUGCUGGUAACAUGAACUCUGUCACGCACCAUCUCCAAAACCAGCUUCACUCACUUGCCAGCCACGGGAUGCACAUGGAAGCAUCGGACUCCAGGCUGACCUCCUGUCCCGGAGGGAUUAACAUUUCCGCCAUGAGUCAAGAUAAGUUCCCCACUGACCUUGACCUUGACAUGUUUCAUGGGAGUCUGGAGUGUGAUGUGGAGUCUAUCAUUCUUAAUGAGUUCAUGGAUAAUGAGGAGCUUGAUUUCAAUUUUGACUGUGCUAUGCCAACUCAGAAUGUUGGCAUCAAUAUGGCUACCUUACCCACUGUUCCGCAGACCACAAAUCAGAGUUGGGUGCCAGGGUGAAGUAGGAUUACAAUGUUCACUAUCAUGGAUGAAAAUUGGUUCCAUAAAGGCUCAAAGACCAGACCAAAUUAAUACAUGGCUUCUUAGGAAGCACAUACUUGAAAACCGAAAACAUUGCUUUGUUUCCUUUACCUGUAACACACUUAGAAGUACAAUCAAGCAAGGCAAUAACAUAUCCUUUAUUAAAAUAGCUGUUAUGCCAACUAAAGUGACAUCAGUUUUACUUUUGGAAAUUAGGCUGCAAAUCCUGCAUGAAAUGAUGUCUUGGCACAAUUUUCUCAUUUAACCAGUGUGCAAUACAAGGUAAAAGGAACUCAACAAAAUGGUUCUGAAAUUAAAGCCUUAAUCUAAUUUCUCUGUUCAGUGAAAUAAUUUUAAACAGGUUGCUUUUUUCCUAAUUGUGAAUUGAGCAUUGUCUCCCAGAAUAUAAUCCUUGAUAUCUUUAAGUGAGCCUUAGUUGUCUGAUAAAGGGAAGGUGUUCUUAUUUCUGUGCACCUGAAACUAAAUCCAUUGUUUAUAAAAGGUUGGUGCCUCCACUGUAGAAUGCACAGGGAGGAACCCAUUCUUAGCAGUGACUGAACGUCCACUAAUGUAGGCUGGUAUCCUACUGACUGUUCCAGUUCUCUUGAAUAACUAACACAAGAAUAUGAUAAUUAACUGACUUUGGACAGAGAUUGCAGGGAGCACCUGAAAGUUAUGGUACAGGAUUAUGGCAGGCUGAAUACACCUUCAAUAAUGAUAAAAUUCAAUUUUAUUUAUUCUCACUCAUAUAUUCAUAGCAAUCUCCCUUGAAGCCAGAUGUUAAUUUGGUCCGGGGCCAGAAUAGUUUCUUGCUCAGUCUUGGGUUUGCAUUAAAGUCACCAAAGCUUUUUUUUAAUGAGCUUGUUUAUAACAACUGACGGCAUUUUAAUACACACUUGUAUUUCUGAGGACAAGAUGAAGAGUAGGUGAAAUAUUUUAAAUGAAAGAAUUUUUACUGAGAUGUUUUCUCCUUAAGCUCUGGACUGAUAAAUGGCUGUGUUUUCAGAAUGUGAGACUCCUGUCUUCUGAAAGACUUUGAUCAAAACUGUUCUUCUGAUUCUGUAGCCCACAUCUACUGUUCAACUGCCCUCAAAUACUACAUAACAAUGUCAUUUCUUUAUUUCUUUUAUAGACUGAGUGUUAUAUUGUUACUGCUUUGGCAUUUAUCAUUAUUGUAUGCUAUUUUGGUCAAAAAUGUAUUUAUUUUAGAUUGAGGGAAAUAACUAGUUGGUCUUGUAGGUGUUCUGAGCUAAUACCAUGGCCUGAAAUUUUAAUUUAUAUAGUGAUUGGGGCAUUACUUUGUGAGAAUUUCUCUUGGGAUUUUGACUCUGGCAAGUGUGUUUUGCCACAGAGAAUGGUGAAAUCAGGAGAUACUUUUUUUUUAACCAUCAUUUACCUGGAGUCAAUUCUCUGAAUAUCUGAAACUUUCUCUGGAAAGUGCCAUAAGUGAUAGUUAUAUAAGUUACAUAUGUAUAUUAACUUCUUUUUAUGUAAAGUAUAUGGAUAAUUAAAAAGUCCAUUCUUAAAUGUACAUACAGGUACUGUACUGUAAUUUCACUAUGUAUACUUUGAAUGUCGAUGUGAUUAAGAAUAUAAUUUCUCUUUAUUUUUCAAAUAUAAAAUAAUAUUGUACGAUAAAGGAAGCCCCAGACAGCAA